CCAGUCUACCCAGGCUUUUGUGUAAGGUUUGCCCAGCCUCGCGUCCCCGUCCUCCAUCGCGAGAAACCAUGGCGUCCUUGUGCCGCUCCGCCGCCGCCGUGAGGUCCGCGGCGCUCCGGUCGAGAUCCCCGGUGGAGAGGUUGUUCCAGGCGGCGAGGUCCCCUCUCGCGCCACCGCGCAUCCGCAGGCCCGUUGUGGCGGCGGCGCUGGCGAGCCUGGACACGCUCAUGCCGCUGCACAGCGCGGUGGCGGCCGCGCGGCUGCGGUCCUGCAUCGCCGCCGACUCGGCAUGCUGGAGCUGCCUCUCCCAAGGUUUGACCAAGCGCAUCUGAUGAUGGCUAGGGACAUAAUACAAAGAGAAUGGUUCAGGCACUACUGCAUCUUGAUUUAAUGUUUCAGGAUGUUCCCUUUAUUCUGUAUGGAUUAGGACCUGACAGAGUGCCUUAGCAAAUUUUGGUCAGGAAAUCUGAGCACUCAUCAGCAAAAUCACUGAUGGUCCCUAUUGGAAACUGUCGAUUAUUGUCAAAAUUUGAUAAAGUAACAGAGCUAUCUUCCAGAUCCUUAAAAGUACUGGUGAUUAUGUAUCGGUUAUCUUUGUUGGAACCUGGGGCAGUAUGUCAUUUAUUUUUACACCGGUUGUUCUUAACUGUAGGUUAAAGAUCAUCUCCUGCUGCUGUUGAGUUGUUUCCUGCUCACUAUACCAAUGUGCUUAUUAUGGUCUGCACUGCUGUACGCUUAGGCUUACCCAUUUAACCAUGAGCAGCUGCCUGUUUUACA